GCGGGGCGGCGGGCGGUCCCGGCCCGGCGCGGCCCAGCCCGCGGCGCGGCGCGGCCGAGGCGAGGCGGGCGCGGGGGAGCGGGCGCCGCCGUUGCCCUUUUAAGCAGCGAGUGGGCGCCGGAGGCUGGUACAAAGGAGCCGCCGCCGCGCUCGCCGCCCGCGCUGCCCUGCUCGCCCGCGCUGCCGCCCGCGCUGCCUCCCGCCAUCUUCCGCCCCCGAGGUGCCGCCGGGGCCGGGCCGGCCGGGCGGCGGCGGCGGGGCGGGCGCUGAGGCGAGGCGAGGCGAGGCGGCGCAGGCCCGGGCCCGGAGAUGAGGCCAGGAUGUCGGUGUCAGGGCUCAAGGCCGAGCUGAAGUUCCUCGAGUCCAUCUUCGACAAGGACCACGAGCGCUUCCGCAUCGUCUCCUGGAAGCUGGACGAGCUCCACUGCCAGUUCGUGCUGCUGCCGCCGCCGCCGGGCGCCGGCCCGCAGCCGCCGCCGCCGCUCACCAUCCACUGCAACAUCACGGAGUCUUACCCCUCUUCAUCACCAAUAUGGUUUGUAGAAUCAGAUGACCCAAACCUGACUUCAGUCUUGGAGCGUUUAGAAGAUAUUAAGAAGAGCAAUACUCUGCUUCUUCAACAGCUGAAGCGAUUAAUAUGUGACCUCUGCAGAUUAUAUAAUCUUCCUCAGCAUCCAGAUGUUGAAAUGUUAGAUCAGCCAUUGCCAGCUGGACAGGAAAGGAAUGCAGAGACAAUUCACGCAGAAACCUCAAUUGUUGUAUUGCAGAAUGGAACAACAGAAGAAGUUACGUCAGAAGAGGAGGAAGAAGAAGAUAUGGGUGAAGACAUUGAAGAUCUGGAUCACUAUGAUAUGAAGGAGGAGGAACCAGCUGAUGGGAAGAAAUCUGAGGAUGAAGGCAUUGAAAAAGAGAACCUUGCAAUCUUAGAGAAAAUCAGAAAAAAUCAAAGGCAAGAUCACUUAAAUGGUGCAGUCUCUGGGUCAGUUCAGGCUUCAGAUCGACUUAUGAAAGAACUCAGGGAUAUAUAUAGAUCACAGAGUUAUAAAACAGGGAUUUAUUCAGUGGAACUGGUAAAUGACAGCUUGUAUGAGUGGCACGUUAAGCUUUUAAAAGUUGAUCCUGACAGCCCAUUGCAUAGUGAUCUUCAGGUCUUAAAAGAAAAAGAAGGUGUAGAAUACAUCUUACUCAACUUCUCUUUUAAGGAUAACUUCCCUUUUGAUCCUCCCUUUGUGCGAGUGGUAUCUCCUGUACUCACAGGAGGGUACGUUCUAGGUGGAGGUGCGUUAUGCAUGGAACUUCUUACUAAACAGGGCUGGAGCAGUGCCUAUUCAAUAGAGUCAGUCAUCAUGCAGAUCAAUGCCACUUUAGUCAAAGGAAAAGCCAGAGUACAGUUUGGAGCCAACAAGAAUCAAUAUAAUCUAGCAAGAGCACAGCAGUCCUAUAAGUCACUAGUACAAAUACAUGAGAAAAAUGGCUGGUACACUCCUCCAAAGGAAGAUGGUUAAUAUUGAGGACUGUUGUAUACCUGGACCAACAUCAACAAAAUGAGCUCUUUUUUAUGUUUUCCAACACACACAGACUCAAGCUAUGAGUGCCCCUAUAACAGCCGUACUGAAGACUUUAGCUAUUAGAUAAGUUAGUGGAUAAUCUGUCAACUGACACUUAAAGUAUAAGUUACAGCCUUACCAUUCCGCUCUUCUUAGAUAUCUUGGACUGAGCAGUUUUGGCCUUUACUGUAUUUGUUCUUAUGGAUUAAGCAUAUUUGGGCCAACCCUUCCCUUCCCCCUUUUUUAUUUAAAAGUGUAAACUCCCUAAAACAGGCUAUCAAGUUACUAAAGAUCAUUAAAUAGGAGUUGUUCACACACUUUUGUGUAUUUCUUACCUUUUGCAGGAUGCAGACUGCAGAGACUUGCGUUGUAUUGUUUCAUUUAAAGCCAAGAAGUUUAAUACAUUGUUUAAUACUGUUUUAGGAAAUGUCAGGUCUUGCAAAUCACGGUAGUUUUUCUGGUCUAAAAUGACAGCAUUUGUAGUAUUUCCAAAUUCAAUGAUAUAGGAAAAACACGUGUAUGUUAAGUCAUUAAACAUUUUUUUCAUGGCUGUAUGAGAAUAUGAACUGUUUCUUGGAGAAGAUGCUCUUUGUUUAGAUUAUGUUGUUUUUGUUUGUUUUGUUUUUAAGCAGAGCAAGGCUGUGCCAAUAAAACCUUGUAACUAGUCACUUCCACUGGGGCAUCAGAACUUGCUGGGCUGUUCCUGCUACUUGUUGGCUCAACCUAUUUAAUGAGAGCCACAGUAUGAAGCUUGAAGUUAUUUAAAAUACUAAAAACCUUUUUAGGUGUUCCAUUUUUAUUAACGGGUUGUUGCAAUCAUUUGUAAACUAAUGAACUUAUAAAUUGAUUGGCACAAAUUGAGAUGAAAGUCCUUGAAAAGUUUUAUAUAAAAGCUACAAUAAAGUACAGAAAUACGUCAUCUGAUUCAGAGACUUAAGAAAUGUUGCCAUAGUUGUGAGAGUGGUUUUGUUAUUGAGAGACUAAUGGGAACUGUUCUUUCUUUAUUAGGAAAUGAAUCUGGGUCUGUGUAAUUACACUAUUUCAUUGCCUUACCUAAAUCGGUUCUAUUUUGGUUGUAGUACUAGUCAUUAGGCCUUCGCACCCCUCCGGGGAUGAGUUAAGGGUGUGUGCCAUGGAUUAAGCACUUUUAGAAGCCCAGAAGCAUGUUUUUGUUACUGUUUUUUUUUUUUUUUUUUUUCAGUUGACUAUCAAAUUUGUGCUCUUUUCUCUUAUCAGGCACCCAUGGGUCCUUGUGCAUUUGCUUCUAGAUCCAGUUUUUAGCUUGAAAGAGAAAUCAGAGAUUGGGCACUGCUUCUGAUACAUGUUGUUUGAGGAGUGGAUGACUUCCCAGCCUUCCUGCUUACUUGGUUGUACAUACUGUGUUUGUAUAAAAUCCUGGUAGCCAGAUGCUGAAACAGCAGCCGGUGAAAGGCAGAACUCUGUAAGCGUCGCAGCCCUCGAAAGCUGAGGCUGAACGACUCCGACUACGUUCUCGCGUUCUUUGGGGCCCGGAGGGGCGCGCGGGGGACCGGCGCGCAGCCGCAUGCUUUCUUUGGGAUUUACUUUUUCUUUUUUUUUUUUUCCUUUUUCCCCCCUCCUUCAUUGCAGAAUUACUUGGCAAUGUACAGUAAUUUGUAAACUUGCAUCAAGUUUAUGAAUAAAAACCAUUUUAAGAAUG